AGUUAUUAGUAACUUAAUGCAUCCUAUUUUCGUUGUGAAAAAUAGCACUCUUUUUACACGAAACUUCUUUUAAAAAAUUUCAAGCAGGUGGUCACGAAAACUUACAAACCUAACUUUGUGUUUGUCACUCUUCUUGUUUGAGGAAGUAGCCUACCUAUGACUGUCAUUUGAAAAGAGGGUUGUUCAGCGGAUUACUAACUUGUUUACCAGUUUUACCAGGUUUUAAAGAAAAACAAAAUAUUCAUAUGACGCUGUUUACACAAAGUUGACAAGGAUGUGCAUACAUUUAUUCCUGAUUUGGUCUGUUGUAUUGUGUCUUAGUGUUCAAGAUGUCUCAUCCCAGAUACAGCCUGCUGUAACAUCUUUAGAAAAUGUAGGUGCCAAGCUGACAAUUAUCAUACCCAAUACACAGCAAGCAAAUGAUGCUGUUCUAAUUACCAUCACAAAUAACUUAACUGUUGGUACUGUUGUUUAUCUGUUUCCAAGUACUUGGGCUUUUAAACCAAGCAAACCCAAUGACACUAUUGUGACAGUGAUAAAGUCAGAAAGGAAAGUGGAUAUCAAUAUAAAAUCUGUGAGAGCUCAAGAUGCUGGCAACUAUAAAUGUUUUCAGGGCUCAAGUGAUAUUUCUCUGGAUAACUGUGGGCAGAUGCUGAUUGUCUUACGUAAACCCAAUCCCCCAGUGAUUACAGUAUUGUCCAGCCCACUGGAAGGUGAAACACUUAAACUCUCUUGUACAACAAACUCAUUGACUCUACCCCCUGACCAUGGUCUUCCCACUCUGGUUUGGUGGAUGGACCAAAAUGGAGUUUACCUAGUUUCAGGAUCUAAACCUAGAAUCAACAUUAAUGCUAAGAAUGAAUUAGAACUCAGUUCUGUCCAGCGAACAGAUAAAGGCCAAAAAUUUUCAUGCAAGUCUGCUGAUGGAACUAUUGACUUCCCUAAGGAAAAACUUCUUGAGUCAGCUACAAGCAAUGUUUAUGAAGUGAUUCCAGAAUAUAAGCCCCUUCUAGCUGAUAUGACAAUAACACCAGCGGUUUCCAGCGAUGGCCAGAUUUCUAAAAAUAUUGGAGACCAAAUCAGUUAUACUUGUGAUAUUUCUUGUUAUCCUGUUUGUGAGGUCAAGUGGUUAUUUAAAGCCCACGGCAAAACAAGCUUUGAUCCCAUGCCAUCACUAGCAGACACUAAAGUUUUGACAUUAGGAGUGAGUCGGUCCAGUCAUGGAGUCUAUAGGUGCAUGGGGACAAACCCUCAUGGGUCAGUUCAAAAAGAUUUCAAUCUUAAUGUUCAGUACCUGGAGUCUCCUCGUAUAAGUAUAAAUGACAAACAAAUAAGCAGUGAUAAAAUUGUGGAAAGAGAAGCAGCUGUUCUACAAUGCACAUUUGAUGCUAACCCAAAACCGCAUAUUAGAUGGUUUCUUCCUAAUGAUGAAGAAAUAAUUGUGUUUGAACUCAACUCCAUUCCUCAAUUGAACACAGCCAGUUCAGGUAUACUAGAGCAACUCUACACCAGUAAAGCAAAAAUAAAUGAUCUCAGGUGUGAGAACAGUGGUGUGUACAGAUGUGAGGGAAGUAACUCUUUGACACAAGUUGAGGGCAGGAUGGAGUUGUCUGUCAUGUGUCCACCAACCAGUUCCAGUGUUUACCCAGACCUAGAACUAAAACCAAAUUAUGUUUGGGAAAUCCCCAAAUCUCUCAGUUUUUCUUUUGUGAUCAGAGGUUUCCCAGAACCAACUGUUCAAAGGGUUGUAUCUGACGUCAAAGGAAGUAAAAGACAGGAAAAAAUUCCAGAGGACGUCGAGUUUACUAAAGAAAGCAAAUAUGAUGGAAAACCCUAUAUGACAAAGUUCACAUUUUUUAGCCGCAGAAAGUUAGAUCAAACUGAUAUGGACAGGGAGUUUACAGUAACUUUUGAAUCUAGUGAAUUUAAAAGAGAUUUAAAGUUUGUUAUCAGUCCUAGGGGUCCACCACAUGUUGUCACCAAUAUAACAAGUGUUGAUGUAAAACAUGAUUCUGUGAAAAUUUUCUGGAUCUCUGGCUUUGAUGGAGGAGAAAAGCAAACAUUCUCUGUACAUUAUCGGCCAUACUCUAGCAAAAUGGAUGGUGAAUGGAGUGUUGCUGUGGAAAACAUUAAACCAAUGACGGUGCUAGAAGUCUGGAAUGAGGCAAUAGUGAAAUCUCUGUCUGCAAGUACAGAGUAUGAAAUGAAAGUUGUGGCCAUCAAUGUGUUAGGACAGGCUGAAUCUGAGCCACUGCGGAUUAAAACUACAGCUGCCCCUGAUGAGCCCUUGUCUGCUGGAGCUAUUGUUGGUGUUGUUUUUGGAGUUCUGACCCUUAUUGUCAUCAUUUUUCUUGUCCUCUACCUCCUAGUUUUGAGAAAGAAAUUUAGAAAAGAGAAGACAACUGCCAAUACAACUACAGAGAGUAGUAAACCCAUGAUGUCAGAAAGAGUUACCUCACUUAUCAACAGUAUUAAAAAGGGAAAAAGAAGGGAUACAAAUGGAGCAGCCAGAAAUUUGGAUGCAUCACCCAAGAGAAAUCCCAUUUAUAAAGGAAAAAAUAUAUUCCAAAGAAACAAGCCAAAAAAUUAUUAUCCUACCAGGCACAAUGAUGAUGAAAGUGAUGAAAGCUUUGAUGCAGAUCCCAUAGACAAUGACUACAUCAACACAGAGCCACUAAGACCAGACUAUGAGAACCAUAUGUUUACCAAGGAAAUCAACCCAGACCAUGAAAGUAGGCCUGCACCAGAGAAUAAAAAGAAAAAAGAACAACUCAACUACACAGAAGUGGAGUUCAAAGGUGGCAAACCAAAGAUAAAAAAGAGCAAAAAGCCAGCCAAGAAGGAAGAGAAAUUGAACUACAGCGACAUCGACUUCACUAAGACAGAAGAGCUGAGACAGCAGCUGGAGAGAUCUAGGUCCCAGGAAGAUAUUUAUGAGAACGAGGUAGCUGUGAAGGAUGGUGGUGCAGAUGGAGAUGGGGAUGACACUAAAGGCCCUUACAUGCCACCUGCCAUGGGAACGGCUGUGUAAAGACCUUUAAGGAUUCUGUUAGGAACAAUCUGUUGUUUUAUUCCUGUGAGGACAGUACACACACUGAGUAUGGUACACAAAUUGUAAGUAUGGUACACAAAUUGUAAGUAUGGUACAAAAAUUGUGAGUACGGUUCACAAAUAGUGAGUACAGUUCACAUACUGAUGAAACAUUCCUGAUACUUAAAACUGACAUUCAGCUCUGUAUAGUCCAGUAUUUAGCAUGUCAGAAGUAUUUAUUUUAAUAGACCAUUUAGAACUACUGUAUCCCAGUGUCUUGAGGCGAGGUUCUAACUUACGUGCUAGUGUCUUGAAUUUGUACUGCUUUUAUUAUUGUUGUUUUUACAUGAAGAGAUAAGUUUUUAAUUGCAUUGUGGUGAUGUUGAAAAUUUGCAGUUUUUAAUUAAAUUAACCAAUUUCCCCAUACAGUUGUUUUAAAAAAAACUCAGCUGUUCCCAGCUCAAAUUAAAUUGCUUUUUUUCAGUACCUACAUUUUCCCCUACGACUUUUAAUGUCUGCUUUUCCAUGAUAUUUUAUAAUAGCAUUUACUUUUUUAAAAACUAAACAAAUGUAUGUAUUUUUAAAAAAAAUUCUUUUUAAUUAUUCUAAAUUAUCUUUUAUAUUAAAUCAACUCAUUUUCCCAGUAUCUUAUAUUUUGAAUGAAUUUGGUUGUGAUUUUUCAAACUGUAUAGAAAUCAAUGUACAUAUCAAAUGUUUAUAUAUUUCUUUGCCUUUUGAUCUAUUUUUUCUUUUAAAAAAUAAGCCAUAGGAUCUAGAAGUAACUGAUAGACUGUGAAAUCUCUAUGCAUUUACAAGCCAUAUUUUUGUAAAAAAAAAAUUUUUUAAAACAAUCGUGCCUUUAAAUACUUAAAUUGUGAUCAACUUAGAAAAAUGUGCCAGAAAGUCCAAAAUAUAUUUUGAAGUUAGAAAUUUCCAAAUGAUGUACAUUCUCUUUGUUUUAUUUGCCAAAUUGGCAUCAAUGUAUUUGUAAAUACUUUGUUAACCCAUUGCUAUUACACUCCAAAUACUUAAGGCAGGAAACAUUUUAUUUCAAAGCUUUAUGACCUGUUGAACUUGAAACAUUCCAUAUGGACAACCAUCCAAGACAGUAGAUUUGCCGUAGCCUUUUUUUUGCUGGCUGGAAAGCACAAAGCAGAGGCUUCUCUUUACUUCAAUUUUCAUUCCCUUUUUAUUUUACAAGCCCUUGUCAAUCAAUUUGACACAUAUUUCCAUUCAUAUUUGGUCUUCCUUUAGACUUAAAAUAGCAUAAACACAGAAGAAAAAAAAUCAAUUUAAAAAUGUUAAAAAUAACCCCUAUUAUAACUUUGGACCUAUAACUUUUACUUUAGCCACCUGUAAAAAUGUAUCCCUCAUUUACAGUUUUCUCCUCCAAUGUAACUUGCUUUUUGUAAAUGCAGGUGUUCAACAAACUUUUUUCUAAAUUAAUUUUUCAAAACUCGAAAAAAAAAUUAAGAAAGCAAUUUUUAGAUUUAAAAACCACAAGGAUUUUAAAAUCUAAUCAGUACUAAAUAAUUUUAAUGUUUCAUGUUAAAGUAGUAUUAAUGCAUAUUCCAGUUUGAGUUUAAUUUUUUGCUACCAGAAUUUUGUAGUGCUUUUUGUUAUUGUACUAAAUAUGGUCAGUCAUGAGUUUAUGUACGCUUGAAUGGUGUUCCAACUAAGUAAAACUCGUUACCUGUAGUCAUUUACUGUACAUACUGUGAAUCAUUUCUAUCAAUGAAUGUUUAAACAGAAAACCUUGUUAUCAAUCAUGGGAUUAGAUGGUUUUGUAUUAUCAGAAUACCAUUCUUUAUUCUUAUACACUAAUAUAUUUAAAAAAUAAAAUUUAACAAUUUAUUUAAAAUAUUGAAAAUAGUUUAAAGCAACAGAGGCAAUCUGAUUUAUGGUUUUCACUCUAUUUUGCGUAGUUACUUUCAAGUUCUUGAAGUACCUUUUAAAAUCAAUCUUAAACUGAUAUAACCGGCAGUAUCUAACUAAUAUGAUGUUCACUCAAAUCAAAACAUUUUAGCAAGUAAAAUACAGAUUACUUUAGUGUCACAAAUUGGUUAUUAUUUAGCAUUCCUCAUUGUAAAAAAAAAACACUGCUCAGAUUUUAAAUUUUUUUUUCACACAUUUGAAUCUCAUCAGUAAAUUCUUGUACUAAAACCAUUUUUCAUACUGCCAGUACAAGACUAUUUUUUACUUGUUUGUCAUGUUGUCUUAAAAACUAUUUACAUUAUGUUGUUAAAAUCUUAGGAAACACACAAAUCAAAUUGAAUGUUAGCAACUGUUGUGAUUAUCCAAGAUUUUGCUUCUGAAUAAAUGAUGUUUGUCUUGAUUACAGUACAGGGUUACAAGUUUGUAUAUAAUAAAAUGUAUUUUUAAAUCAA